AUGCAUAAACGCGUCAUCUUUGCCGUCGGGGAAGAGGAGUUGGAUGAAGGUGUGAAUCCCUUGGCUAUUGUAAUUGAGCGCCAAAUCUCGUACUUUGCAGAUGAAGACGCACUGAAUGGGUUUUUGAAAUACCUUGGUGAUAAUCCCUGGGUUCGCGUUUUUGAAGUAAUUCGGGAUGGUUUCAACAAAGACAACCCGCGCAGACCGUUUUCCCUUUGGAAGGGUGUUGAUGAUGAUUUUAAAAAGUUUUAUCCAUGCAAUGACAAAUUUUGA